AUGGCGAAUGACAGGAGUGAGGCAAUUAUCAUCGUGACGUCCAUCUCUCUCGGGCUCUCCUUGCUUGCAGUCAGCCUUCGAAGCUACGUCCGACUGCAUCUCCUCCGGGCGUUUGGUGCGGAUGACUAUAUGAUGGUCCUUGCAAUGGCAUUCAAUCUUGUAUUCGCUAUCUGUGGCAUUGCCGGCGGCGUAACGGGGCUAGGAAAGAAGCUAGAGUAUUUUGCGGACAAACCGAACGACCUGAGAGACUCGCUGCGGUUCUGGUGGCUUAGCCAGAUAUUCUACUCGCUGACGGGCACCGCCGGCAGGACUUCCAUUGCGAUUUCACUUCUGCGUAUUACCAUCGUUCGCGUACACCUGAUCAUCAUCUAUACGACGAUUGCCUUGAGUAUCGUGGGUGGCCUCCUCCUCUUCUUCGCGACCCUCCUCGAAUGUCGCCCCAUCCAUCACGUCUGGGAUCAUGGGAUGAUGUCUUCACACUGCAUGAGCAAGGACUUCCUUCUCGACAUCGUCUAUACCCAUAGUGUGAUUUCGGCUCUGUGUGAUCUCACCCUGGGUAUUCUACCCAUUUUCAUGAUCUGGAGGCUACAAAUGAACAGACGUUCGAAAGUCCUUCUCGGAGUCAUUCUUGGAUUGGGUUGUUUGGCGGGCGCUGCGGUUGUGGUUCGUUUACCAUACAACAAAACCUUCAAAGACCCGGACUUUCUUUAUGCCACCGCCACCCUCUAUAUCUUAGCGACUAUCGAAGCCUGCCUCGGAAUCACAGCUGGCUGUCUGUCAACCCUUCGACCCCUCGUGCGGAUGCUGCGCGACGGCAGUUCCUAUCCGAGUCAAGAAAGAAACGCAGGGUCAGCUAUCCACUUGUCCCGGUCACUUCGUGCCCGCAAAGAGAGGCAAAAACUGUCCCGCCACGAAUCUGGCACUCGCUGGCAGAUAUUCCAAAUGACGGAUAUAAGAAUAUCACCACCACCACUACAAUCCAAGGUAGCCGUGCGACGAAGUGUGACAGCAGUGAGGAGAGUCUCUCCUCAAGAUAUCUGCCACCAACGGUGA